UCUCAGCAUUGCUUCCCAACAACGCGUCAAUGAGUAAAAUGACUAAAAACAAACUCAAUUUGACGUUGCCGCCUGGUUCUGUGGAUGUACCCGCUGGACAGCAAACAACGCCAACACCCUCCUUCAAAACGCCAUCCGGUACCGAGUACGUAAUUGGCAAGCAUAAUCUAUUGGGAAAGGCAAAAAACAGUAUUGAUGCGCUUACGGAAACUUUGGAAGAACUUGAAAUGGAGGAAAGUGCACGCAAACGCAUUAAAGUAUUCCUCAGCCAAAAAGAAAAAAUCGGUGAGUUGAGCGAUGAGGACUUGGAGAAGCUAGGCGAACUUGGUUCUGGCAACGGUGGUGUAGUGAUGAAAGUACGCCACAUUCCCACGCAACUUAUAAUGGCUCGAAAGCUUAUCCAUUUGGAGGUAAAACCAGCGAUCAAAAAACAGAUCAUACGAGAACUGAAGGUUUUGCAUGAAUGCAAUUUUCCACACAUCGUUGGAUUCUACGGUGCUUUCUACAGUGAUGGAGAAAUAAGUAUUUGCAUGGAGUACAUGGACGGUGGUUCGUUAGAUUUAAUCCUUAAACGAGCAGGAAGAAUACCAGAAGCCAUUUUAGCGAAAAUAACAUCCGCCGUUCUUAAGGGAUUGAGCUACUUGCGAGAUAAGCACGCCAUUAUGCAUAGAGACGUUAAGCCGAGCAACAUUUUGGUAAACAGUAGCGGAGAGAUUAAGAUUUGUGAUUUCGGCGUUUCCGGUCAGCUAAUCGAUUCAAUGGCCAAUUCGUUCGUAGGAACUCGAAGCUAUAUGUCGCCCGAACGUCUACAAGGUACGCACUAUUCUGUCCAAUCCGAUAUAUGGUCGUUAGGGCUAUCGUUGGUAGAAAUGGCCAUCGGAAUGUAUCCUAUUCCGCCACCAGAUGCCAAAACAUUAGACUUAAUAUUCCAGGAACGGGGUGACGAUAGCUCUCCCGGACAGAGUAUCAUCGAGCCCAAACCAAUGGCCAUUUUUGAACUGCUCGAUUACAUCGUAAAUGAGCCGCCGCCUAAAUUGGAACAUAAUUCAUUCACCGAUCGAUUUAAGAACUUUGUCGACCUUUGCCUAAAGAAAAACCCCGAGGAGCGUGCCGAUUUAAAGACAUUAAUGAACCAUGAAUGGAUCAAGAACAUCGAAACGGAAGACGUCGAUAUUGCUGGAUGGGUGUGCAAAACCAUGGAUUUGGCACCGUCGACACCGAAGAGAAAUGCGUCGCCAUUUGCUAAUUAAAAUGUAGUGCGCUAACUGUCAUUUAUAUGCAUUCUUUAGAAAGAAGUAAGAAUAUUUUAUACUUUUGA